GUUGAGGACUGGUCGGCUAUUCUGUCGAAGACGAUGGCUGCACCAGGACCGCCUCUGCUCCGGUUUCUGUCCCUGUUGCUGCUCUUGAGCAAGGCAUCACUGCCUGCAGCUGCAUACACGCUUGUGUCUGAGCACCAGCCACAGCACAAAAUCCUCCAUCUGGACUGGCCUCAGGAUUGCGGCAUGCCCCACUUCAAGCCCAACAUGGUUGAGAGGAUUGUCUCUGGAAAUGAGGCCAGACCUCACUCCUGGCCCUGGCAGGUCUCUCUGCAGGUUCGACCCAGAGGAAGCAAACACUACAUUCAUGUCUGUGGAGGAACCCUCAUCCAUAAGAACUGGGUGCUCACUGCAGCUCACUGCUUCCAGAAGGGUAAAGCAGAGGAUCCUGGGAGCUGGAGGAUUGUCCUCGGGAAGCACCAGCUGAAGCGCUCCGAGUCUGCAGAGAGGAUUUUCCCCAUCAGGAGGAUCUACAGACACGAGAACUUCCGCUACCCUGCUCACAGCGAUCUGGACUAUGAUAUCGCCCUGGUGAAGGCCGCCACAGACAUCCUGCCCUCCAACUUCAUCCGCUACGCCUGCCUGCCGCGCAAGCAGACCCCCCUGAAACCAGGGCACUACUGCUGGGUGACGGGCUGGGGGGACACCAGAGGGGGGAAGGAGAACGUCUCGCUGGCAGAAGCUCUGAAUCAGGCCCGUCUUCCCAUCAUCGACUUCAAAACCUGCCGGCAGAAGAAGUUCUGGGGCGACCGUGUCCGGGAUUCCAUGAUCUGUGCCGGGUUCAGGGACACCGAGGACCCGCCUGCAGCCUGUCAGGGUGACUCCGGCGGCCCUCUGCUGUGCCAGCUGGGCCGUGAUCGCUGGGAGGUGCACGGCGUGGUGAGCUUCGGGCCCAUCGGCUGCACCGUGGAGAACAAGCCGAGCGUCUUCACCCGCACCGCCGCCUACAUCCCCUGGAUCGAGGCGACCCGCAUCAGGGACUUCUUCCUGCACUGACGAGCUCUGCUCCUUUUAACUUCAGAUCGUUUUUAUUCCACAAAUCAAACAUUUAACAAUGUAAAUAAACUCUGACCUGCAUCUAGUCUGCAGGCCUUUAUAAGUUACCUUCUGCAAUAAAGGAGAUCAAACACUGAAUAAUCGA